AACACCGCCAAAUAUUAUAGAAUAUUCGUACAAAUAUUUUUUCCCUCACAUAAAUAGUUUUAAAGCGAAAAAGUCUCGGAAAAACUCUCCGCAGUUGCAUAACAUUGCAGACGGCUUGGAAAAUGUGUUUGAAAAUUUCGCAUAUGCAUGUAUGUGUGUAGAAGUUGUGCGAACUGCGAACCACGCGGUCGCGCGGGCCGAUUUGGACCGAUUUCAGUUGUACAAGCGGUUACGAAACGAUUCGCAGCAAAAAAGUUCGCCGAAAAAAGUUUCGCCUGACGACAGUAAUCUGAUAAUUUCGGUUCGCAUGAAAAUUUCUUUUUACGCGCCUCGCGUAUCGGCUCGUUAUUACUGUCAAUAUUACAGUUUCCCGUUCGUUUUGCGAAAUAUUUGACUGGCUAUUGGUAUUGCCAAUUGUUUUUUAAGUGCAUUUUUUUUAAUUUCCGUUCUUGUAUAGUCAGCUCUUAAAAUCGUUUUCGCAUCAGAUCGGAGACUUUUUCCAUGAAAUUGAUUUUUUAUCUUAGAACUUAAAUCGCGCUGUUAUUUUUCGUCUUUUCUUGAUUUAAAUUGAGGUUUUGUGCAAUAAAUUCUAUAAUAUUCCGCGGUGGAGUGACAGUGCUCUGUGUUUCAGUUCUCAGGGAAAUAAACUCGUCUAAGUUACAGUUUGAAUGUGUUACCAGUGCAAAGUUACAUGAACCGCAAGUGACGACCAACUUCUGAGGAUUAUAGUUACAUGGGAACGCGCGGUUAUGAAAAAUACCUAUCACUGAACGGUAUUUCGAAACUGCUUUGCUUCGACCUCUCCGGAUACAAAUCGUAGCCACAACCGUCUGCGGUGAGACCCGACCCACAACGUUGGUGACGCAACGCCAUGCGCUCCUCAGGCGCCGGCCGCUCGCACUACGCCUAGAGAACGCACUACGCAAGUGAUAUAAUAUGUGCGAUACAGUGACAACAACGGUUACUAUUCGAUAUUCAGCAACGUGAAUUUCGCCCUCGAUACAAACGAUCGAAUCGUGAAGUGACCAAGUACGAGUAACAUGAGUUGUGAUUCGGUGAUUUUGAUGAGACAUUGAUAGUUUCCUCUGCCAGUAUCGAGAUUGUGAAUUGAAUAUGGUUAGUGAUUCAGUGAUCAUUGCGGCUCGAUAGUUCGUCGGACGCAAACCCUCGCGCGGUGACCGAGUAUUAUGUGUAGAGACCGUCGCGCGCCUGCGAGUCGAUAGUGUGCGCGGCGUGCAGUGGGCGCUCGGGGGUCGUGGGCGCGUGGCAUGCGCGGCGCGUGAGCAGUGACGGCGCCCGCGCGGCUGCCAUGGGCGCGGCGCGACAUGGCCCCGCGCGCGCGCCCGCUGCGGCUCCUGCUGGCGGCGCUGGCGCUGGCGUCGUGCGCCGCCGCGCCCGCGCCCGAGCCGCGCGCGCAACGCUCCGCCAACCUCAGCCACAUCACCGGCACCUCCCGCACCAUACAGAUGUUCCUCAAGAAUCGCUAUCUGCAGCUGAUGCCGGAUGGCACCGUCAACGGCACCACAGACGUCAGCAGCGUUUACACGAUACUUCAGCGUGCGACGUACAAGGUCGGCCUCCUGACGAUCCAGGGGGUCUCCACUUGUCUCUACCUCUGCAUGGAUGCCUGCGGGUUCCAAUACGCUAAUGAUAUCUCGGACGACUGCGUGUUCGAGGAGCACAUCGAAGAGAACAACUACAACACGUACUCACGCAUCCGCGGCGGCAAGAAGACGUUCGUGGCGCUCGACAACAGAGGGCGCGCGCGCCGCACGCAGAUCCCCGCGAGCCGGCCGCUCGGCAACCUGUCGUACUACGCGCUCACCAUGACGCGAGUGUGGGACGGCCCGCGGCCCGCGCACUGCCCGCCGCGCCGACACCGCGGCAAGCUCAAACGCCCGCCGCCCUUCCACAGAAACUGUCAGCGGCGCGUGCAAAAGCAGAACUUACGCAAGCGCAAGCACAAGAAAGCGAACGAUCCGAAGAAGAAGCAGCGGCACCCCAAGACGAGAAGAAAACACGACAACGGGACCACCACCACGACGGAGACGUGGGACGAGUCCACCAUGUCGACGAUGUCCACGACAGACGCGGAGUUUUUUCGGUCGCCCGCGCCGGACGGGGGCCGCGCCUGAGCGUGCUCGCGCUGGGGGCUGCCGUGGCGCUCGCACACUAGCACCGUUCCACCCUUACACGCGCCCGAAUCUCUCUAUCAUUCCUAUUCAACGCCGUUCCGCGAAGAACGGCCCUUGAAGCUCAUUAGAGUCGCUCUCUUAUACGAAAUACGCUACGAAAUUUUUAUACGACUAAUAUUACCGACAGAUGCGACCGCCGCGACGUAGCCCUUCGUCUUCAUCGAAAAGUGUUCAUCAAAAAUCAUAUUAUGCUCGAUCGAGCAUAGUGCGCCAUCGAAUUCGAUAAUUCGUUUAAAAGUAACGAAUUAUAUUGUACUACCAAAGCUGAAAUUAUCUAUCUCAAUUUGUAUUCCUAGUUCGCUUUAAAUCGUAGUUUUAUCGGCAAGAUUCCAAUUGUCUUAGUUAUCGUGAAAUUAUUAACUUAAGUUAUUCGAUAACUAAAAGAUUAGUUAAUACGUAAAUGAAUUCGCUUAUGAAGUCGAGAACGUAUGGUAAGGUGGAACUGUGUUAGAGAUGGGGAAGCUUCCCGCUCGUGACCGGUCGGGGCCGCGAUUUCUCCUUUGCAACUAAUUCUUGUUAAAUGUUUUCGGAUCCUUCAAACAAUCGAAUAUAUUUUUACUUUUACAUUGUAUCGCGGACAAUUAUCUAUUGUUUGAAUAAUAUUGACUUUUAUAUUCCCUAUUUUAAAUAGCCAAAAUGUAAAUUUCGCGUUCAAUAAUUUCAAAUGCAUAAAAUUUAUUCAGAUAUUUCUUAAAAUAUUACUUUAAUUUUAUAUUACAUUAGUUAUUACAAAGUUGGUGGUUUAAUAGAGGUUGUCUGUAACGCGUAGAUAAUUACAAUGCGAUAACGAUAACUACGACGACUUGUCAUGAGCGGGAAUCGUAGUAAGACUUUGUACUUAGUGGGAAGUGUUGAGGUGUAAUUUCUUAAGAAAUUGACUGAAAAAUAUGACUGAGUAACGUAGGUAGUGACGGUUUGGGAGUAGUUUAUGAUAGGUUAUGUGCGGCGGACGGCAUGCUUCUGUAUUCAUAGUUCUGCGGUCACGGAGCGAGCGACCUUACGAGACACAGAAUUGCUCUGUAUUGAACCAGUUCAAACCAAUCUAACCUUCGGAUUGGCUGAAACCGAAGCUGAAGCUCGUGACAACAAGGGCAGCCAUCGCAGAGUCGCUCGCUUCGCACCAUUCAAAAUUAAAUUAGUGAUAACGUAUAUCGACGAAAUGACUAUUAGUAGGUAGUUAUAUGAAAACGUGUAUCUAAUUUGUAAAUUAUUUAUUUUAUUUUCCAUAGAGAAAGUCGUAUUUUGUUAACGUUUUAGUUGAUUUUUUAAUCUCUGUCCCUUUAGUACGUCCGAUGUAAGUAGAUAUGUAGGUUGUCAUACGCUUGUAUUUUUAGUGAGCCGAUUUAUGUGUAUUAUAUUUAUAGCCGUUCGGUAACAACAUGGGCUAUGUAAACUCUGUUCGUACCGAUGUCUGCAACUAUGCAUUUUUCUCCUAAGAAGAAUAAUGUAAGACACUAUUUUCAAAACAAGUUGGCUAAAUAACUCAAGCCAAGCAAAAUUACUUUAGCUAAGUAUGUAAUCUGACAAAAGUUAGCAACAUCAAUUUGAUCAGAGUGUAUAUAGUUUGUAUGUAUAGUGUACUCAAAUAUUGUACUUGAAUGGACAAAUACAUUCUUUAGUGAUUUCCCUCGCAUUCUUGUUAUGUGCGUAAUGCGUAAAUUGUUUCUAUUGUCACUGAGUCAGCGAACUUUUUUCAAACAAAAAGCAACUUUUCACCACUACUGCAUACUACAUUUAUUAUAAAAUUCUCACAAAAAUUACUAUUAGAAAAGAAAAUUCUUUGAUAAUCCUACUUAUAAUGAAAAAUGUUAUUUUCCUUUUUUCAUAGUCCUUUAGUUUUAAAGUUUAUAAUUUAGGGUUGCUUUAUAAUAAUAUAACAUUUACUAUGCUGUAACUGAAACACUGCCAGUAAUGUACAGGGUUACCAAACAGUUUACAAAAACGUGACUUGACAUAAUCGAAGUUCGCUGAUGUCAGUUAGUUAUACAAUGUGAAUAUGUGCGACAAGCUUUAUGAUUGUACCUACGAGUGUCUGAGAGAAUAUUUCGAAGUAAUUUAUGAUAAUAUUAUGUUACGUUGAAUGUAAUUAUAUAAUUGUAUGAAAACGACAAAUCUGUUCAAUUUAAUUAAGCAUUUACUGAAAAUAAGGGGCCAUAGUUUUAUCCUGUAAUCGACUCGAUAGUGGAUAUAACGACAUGCACAUCUUUGAUUCGACGUUAAACUUGUGUGUACGGCCCCUUACAACUUAGAACGUAUCGAUUUUGUCAUUUUCACUCGUAAAUUGUUCGAGUUUGUUAUCGAUUACCUGACUCGUAUUGUAGAUAAAUUAAAAACCAAUCGAUCUUUAGAAAGUAGAAGCAGUAUUUCGGUAUUGUAAAUUCUCUCCAGUUACAGUACCUAGUUUUAUAGUUUUAUAUUUGUAAUAGACGUUGUAAGACUUGUGUAAUAUUUUCAUCUAUUCUCGAACGUUGAUCGAUUCCUCAUCGUUUUAUGGACUAUUGUUACGUACGCUCGCAUUCUGUUACAUAUUUCUCGGCGUAUAAAAUACCUGCUCGAAUAAACAGACAUAAAAUGGUAUGCCACAUUAUAAUUAUGAUACUUUUAUAAAGCCUGUAAUUUUUAAUUUUUAUCGUUUUAACAUAUUAGUAAUGUGGAAAAGAAAGUUAAAAAUAUUAUUUAUUAUACAUUUUACUUAUUUAUUAAACUCCUGCACACCAUUUUAUUGUCUACUUGAAGUUUAUAUUACGAGAAAUGUGCAAAUUUGAAAAAAAUGGUACCUAUUUCGUUUUGUAUAAAUAUGAGUUAAUUUUAUGUUAUUUAUACGCAUGUGCCAUAAAAUACCUACUUGUAAUAGAUGUACCAACUCAGAGAGUAUAUCUCAUUUUCUUUCGCACAAUGUUAAUAAUAAUUAUUGUUUGAACAAAAAGGCAAAGGGAUUUUACACGGGAGUCAUUUAUAACUAAAAUACUCGUUCAUGUCGUCAUAAUUUUAAUGAAUAAAAUAAAUUAUUUAAUAAUUAAUUAGGCAGUGCAACUAAAAGUUAACUUUAAUGUUGUCACUUACUCUGUGCGAGCUCAACCAAACGUAAUUGACGUGUUCGUAGCUCAAUAUUAACUUACAAAAUAUGAAGAAAUAAAUAAUUCAAUAAAAUGUUUUUUAAAAAAAAUGUAAAUGGAUUAUUAAAGCUCUGUGUUAAAUUAUUUAUUAUUUAUAUAUUGCGGUUGGAUAACAUUUAUGAACUUUUGUUUGACUCAAUAUCGAUUCUGAAAUCGAUUAGGUACAUAACACAUGGGCUUUAACAAUAUAAUUUUGGUUGAGAGAGCAUUCGAGUUAAACCAAAUAAGAUUUUAAAAUAUAAAAUGAGUGUAAUAAUAAUAAAUGCUGAGAGCGUUAGAGGAAUGCUUAUUAUCUAUUCCCACCAAUAUAUGGCUCCUAAUACCCCACUUUUUCCGGGAAAUAAGCAAAAACCUGGAACCUCACGGGGUCUAACAGUAUUACUUAAUUAAUUUCGAUACCUUUACAUUUUUACAAUAAUAAUUAUUAUUGCCCAAGAGCAGCUAGAAAAUUUUGAACCAGGUAUUCAAUAAAUGCGCAGUAGAUUCCACAUCCAUAAGUAAAUUUUCUCUCCAUUUAAUCAGUUAAUUAUGGAAAACUAUGAUAUACGUACAUAUAAAUAUUCAGUUUGUAUCGAGUACCUGUUUAAAAUUUCCCACCCGCUCCCCGGCUACAACGUAUUUGUUGCUAAAGCAGUUUAAUGUACAAAGUGGAAUACUGCCGUUAAUUAAAAACAAAGGUCAUUGAACUUAUCUGACGUAUGUCAAAACCACCUUUGAUGUAUUUAUUAGUCUCACCAAAAGAUUGAUCGAAACUUUUAGACAAUAAACUUUUUACAGCCUCUUAUACCGAAAGAUAAAUAAAAUGAUUCUUGAAAUAUA